CGGAGUUGCAUUUGACGACAAUUGCACAAAAUCUAAAAUAAUUUUGUGAAGCGCACUUUGAGAAGAUUUUAAGAGCCAUGGCCAGAAAUAUAACCAACACAAAGACGCUACUCAUGUUACAACCAUUCAAAGUGGAAAACAUAGGAAUUGGACGUUGCAUGAGCAAAUUGGCAAGACAAAAGGGCAAAUUCGGAAACUCCGAAAAAAUCUCCGAGACUGUGGUGGCUAAUGAAGGGCGGCAGCCGCCAGAGGAGAGGGGAAUCUGCUGGAUGCCCGACCCACGGACCGGAAUAUAUUCUCCAAUUGGACAAGAAUGGGUGAUGGAUGGUGUACCAAGUGAUGCUGCAUCAUUGAGUUGUACCUUCUGGCUUAGGAACAUUGAAGGAGUGGAUGAUUAUAAGUCAGAUGACAAUGUGGUUUAAUGGACCACAAAUAAGUCAAAUCACCAUGUUAACAACAAUUGAUGUUAUGUCUGCGUUCAUAGUAUCACAAGUAUAGCUUCCAGCUACUUGUUGCUGUGCUGCUGAAUAAUGC